UUUAGGUAAUUCAGUGGUGAACAUUCGCCCCGGAACAAUGAGUGAAGAAGAGCUUAAAAUGAAAGCUUUAAAAGAGUUGCAAACAGCCAAGGAUCCUAUAGAACGGUUGCGACUGCAAUGCUUAGUACGUGGAAAUGCUGGGAUAAAAUCUUUGGGAAGGUCAUUCCGAGUUAUGGAUGAUAACAGCAACCGUACGUUGGAUUUUGAAGAAUUCAAGAAAGGUUUACAUGACUUUGGUAUGGAUUCAACUGAUGAAGAAAUUAAGGAGAUAUUCAAGAAAUUUGAUAAAGACGGUUCUGGUUCCAUCGAUUUCCAUGAAUUUCUUUUGAAACUUAGGCCACCAAUGUCGAAAGCUCGUUUAACGCUGAUCGAUGCAGCAUUCAAAAAAUUGGAUAAAACUGGAGAUGGCAUAAUUACAGUGGAUGACAUGAAGGGUGUUUAUCAUGCCGAACGACAUCCAAAGUAUAUUUCCGGUGAGAAGACUCGUGAGGAUAUCUUCAAUCAGUUUCUCACUAAUUUCGAAAUGACAGGACAUACUGAUGGGAAGGUAACAAAAGAAGAGUUUUUGAAUUACUACUGCGGUGUAUCAGCUUCUAUUGAUAAUGAUACUUAUUUUGAUUUGAUGAUGCGAAACGCUUGGAAACUUUGACAAAUAUUAUCAUUACGAUGGUGUCAUAUCACUGCUUAUAGCAAUUUUUGCAAUAGUAUCACAAAAUCAUUCAAUAUAUUAGUCAGUGAGGGCUCUCGAUGAUAAAAGAUUAACCAGUUUGAGAGAUUAAAUAUAAGCUUUAGAAACCGUGCUGUGAUUUACCAGAAUCAUUUUUCGUUCUUUAUUCCUGCUGCAUAUCUGAUAUUCUAAAAGCCGGUAUAUGAAAG